CGGGGGGUUCUGAGCGGCGGCGCCGGCGGAGACCGGGGGAGCCUCGGAGCGGCGGCGGCAGAGCCCGGGGGAGCAGCGCAGAUUAAUUGAAAGGAGUUGCCCAAGGCGAAAAUCCGGCAGAUUUUUCUUUAGGUGCUGUUACUUCUGGUUGCAGAAAUCCAGCUGGAGAUAUAGACAGUGGUCAUCUCUACUGACAUCACUGCAGGGCCAGUUAUAGACAGCUUUUUAUUUGUCUGCUAAUGUAGACUGUCUUUUGGAGGAGUACAUUUUUCCAGUAUCCUCAGAACAAACCAAACUAAGAUGCGAAUUUCCUACUUAAUCAUUUGAAGCUUAAACAGUUCAGCCAUGGAAACUCUCCAAACUAGCUUCCCUUUGGUUCGGGGCUCCAGUAAAAAACGGAAUGGGCUGAGAGAUGAGGGCAGCCCUCCCAUGAAAAAAAUGAUGACAGAAAUGCAUGUAAAUGGGAAAGUGCUGAUGGAUACGUUACCAGCCGUAAAGAAGGAGAACAUGGAUGACUAUGGUGAAGCUCCAAUGGAGACAGAUGGGGAAAAGGCCAAAUCCAGCUGUAAUUCAGUGUCUGAACCUUUACAUUUAAAUCCCAGUUUAAAGCACACACUGGCACAAUUCCACUUAAGUAGUCAGAGCUCCCUGGGUGGGCCUGCAGCAUUUUCAGCUCGUUAUUCCCAAGAAAGCAUGUCACCUACUGUAUUCUUGCCUCUCCCGUCACCUCAAAUUCUUCCUGGACCUUUGCUCAUUCCUCCAGAUAGUUCCACAGAACUUACUCAGACUGUCUUGGAGGGGGAAUCGAUUUCUUGUUUCCAGGUUGGAGGAGAAAAGAGACUGUGUUUGCCUCAAGUCUUGAAUUCUGUGCUCCGGGAUUUUUCACUCCAGCAAAUAAAUACUGUGUGUGAUGACUUGUACAUAUAUUGUUCGAGGUGCACCUCGGAACAGCUUCACAUCCUGAAGGUCUUGGGAAUCCUUCCGUUUAAUGCCCCAUCCUGUGGGCUAAUCACACUCACUGAUGCUCAAAGACUGUGCAAUGCCUUGCUCCGUCCACGUACCUGCCCUCAAAAUGGUAGCAUGCUUCCUGCUAAAAAUUCCUUGGCCCAGUUACAAGAAACUGGCAGGGCCUUUGAGGUGGAACAUGAGUGCUUGGGCAAAUGCCAGGGCUUAUUUGCGCCCCAGUUUUAUGUUCAGCCCGAUGCACCAUGUAUACAGUGUCUGGAAUGCUGUGGAAUGUUUGCACCCCAGACGUUUGUGAUGCAUUCGCAUAGAUCCCCUGACAAGAGGACCUGCCACUGGGGCUUUGAAUCAGCCAAAUGGCCUUGCUAUCUCCACGUAAACCAAAAAUACUUAGGGACACCAGAAGAAAAGAAACUCAACAGUCUUUUAGAGGAAAUGAAGGAGAAAUUUAGUGUCCGGAGUGGAAAGAGAGCUCAGUCCAAAGCAGAAUCACCCCCAGGACUGGAAUUGCCUUCGUGGUAUCCAGUUAUAAAGCAGGAAGGUGACUCUGUUUCUCAGCCUCCUUCAUUCAUUCAUCCCAGCUACUACCUGUACAUGUGUGAUAAAGUGGUUGCUCCAAAUGUGUCGCUUACUUCAGCCGUGUCGCCAUGUAAAGAGGUCACGAAAGCAGGGGCCAAAGUGGCGGAAGGGAACAGGUCUCUGCCAGGGCAGCCUGAGAAAUCUUAUGCCAGCAGCAAAUCACGCAAAGCCUCUUAUCCAGAACUUUCCCUCGAGGAGCAAGAGAAGGUGGAUCUCAAAUCCAGUCAAGACCUGGGCAGCCGUCUAGAUCCAUCCAUGUCAACCAGUUCUACAAAUAAAAGGAAAUUGGAACCCAAGGCUUGUGGCACAGAUGCAGAAACCAGCAAGAUGGAAAGGGCCCAAGAGACCCCAACUCUGUGGCCAUCGAUUAUCAAGGAUAUCAGUUGUGAGGACGAUAAGGGGAAAAUCAUGGAGGAAGUGAUGAGAACCUACGUCAAAAAACAAGAGAAAUUGAAUUCUAUCUUACAGAAGAAGCAGCAGCUUCAGAUGGAAGUGGAAAUGCUGAGCAGUUCAAAAGCCAUGAAGGAACUCACUGAAGAACAGCAGAAUUUACAAAAAGAGCUGGAAUCUCUACAGACUGAGCACGCUCAGAGGAUGGAGGAAUUCUACAUUGAACAGAGGGACUUGGAGAAGAAACUGGAGCAAGUGAUGAAGCAAAAGUGUACCUGUGAUUCCACUUUAGAGAAAGACAAGGAGGCUGAGUAUGCAGCCCAGUUGGCUGAGCUUCGCCAGAGACUGGAUCAUGCCGAGGCAGACAGACAAGAGCUUCAGGACGAACUCAGGCAGGAGCGAGAAGCCAGGCAAAAGCUAGAGAUGAUGAUAAAGGAACUGAAGCAUCAGAUUGUGAAAUCUUCCAAGGCUGUUAAAGAAUAGAGACCAGCCAGGAGAACUCCCCUGCGCUCUCCCGACGGGGCUUUGUAGUUCAACAGACACUUGUCUGUGUAAAGAUCGAGGCAUUCUCUUGACUUGGAGUUCACAGAGAAAGUGAAGAGAUGAGAGAUAUAUAGAUAUAUAGAUAUAUAUUCAAAUUUUUAGAUUUUCCAAAUGAAUGAAGAUCUGUUUCUUUGUACUAGUGUUUUUUAAAAAUCUUAAACAACUAGUAACAAUGAAACCGUAUGUUUUAAAAUAGGUGUCUGUCUCUGUUUCUAAUGCAAAUGACUGUUGUGUACCUUUCUAAAGCAGCAUUGUAUGACGGAGAAUACCCUGUGCUCCAUUUUAUUGUUGCCCAUGUUUCACACUUGCUUUUGGAAACACUUUCUACAAUAUUUUUGGUGUCUUCAAUAUUAAAUCAAGGUAGGCGUCCAAGCUCUAUCUUUUCUGAGGGUUAAAAUGAACGCCAUUUUCUUGGUAAGUUGCUGUGGUGGAUUCAUGACUCCAUAGACAACAUUACUCCUCUGAUUCUCUCCUGACUGUGGAAUAAAUUUCCACCAACAACGGCCGGAGGGGUUCAUUAUGUUCUGCUGCUAUGGAAGAGGAACGGCUGACAUGUUAGGGGUUUGUUUUUCUUUUCCCUCUUUAAAUGUGCUUGUGGGAGGCUACUUUUUUUUUUCCAGGCAGCAACAGGCCAUUGAACUGAAAGUAAUAAUUGGGACUUACUCUUUAGAAUCCCUGAGCUUUUAAUUAGUUGUCCGAAGAGUGACAUGAAAAUAUUAAUUCUUGGGGAUAGGGGAGGGAGGGAACCAGUUGUGUUAUCAUUAAUGUACAUCAGCUGCUUUGGUAUCUGUUCACUUCUCCCCUGUACAGUUUUUAUAUGUAGGUAGGGGUCAGACUGAUGUUUAUAUCGUGGGUUUGUUUUUCUUUGGGUUGUAAAAUAGGAAACACUUUGAAAGUCACUUAGAAUUUUUGUAUAUUUAAACGUCAAGAUAAAUCUUACCAAAAUCUCUGCAAAUGGACCACGUUCAUUUAGCUCUUUAACAUUAAAACCAGGAAUUUGCAGCCAUUAGAUACUACUAAUACACCAUAAAUUAAUGCAUGGAAAAAUCCAGAUAUCUACUGAUUUUCAGAUAAUUUUCAGAAGCAAGACAGGAAUUCCAUGUGGGGAAGUAAACUCUUGCACUUUUUUUUUUGCACAGAUAGGUCUGUCAUUCUUUAAUGCCAGAUUUCACGUUAAUUAUCCAUUUAUUUAAAAGAGCUAAAAUAGAAGCGUUCAAGUUUUCCAUGAUAUACACUGAAGCCACCAUUCGUUGGAAAUAUUUUUCCAUGCUUUCUAAGCUUUUGAUAGUUUCUCAUAAGGUACUGUUUGAUAACUAUUAGUUGAAACCACUUACAAAUAUAAAUAUAUGGUUGGACUCUUUUUUUGUAUGGAGAUUACCAAAUCCUACUUUCAGGAUGGAUGCAAGUUAGGCACUUUGUAGCGAUGCAAAACAUUUAAGCCGCUUGUUCAUUACUUUAAAGAAUUGUGAUUCACUAUAAAUGAUAUUUAUGUGCCCUAAAAUAAUUUGUACCCCCCGAAUGAACAAAGAAUCAAUUUAAACAAAUCAGAUGUGGUUUUUGUGCAUUCAUUUGAGUUUUACUAAGUUAACAUUCGUAAAUGUAGACAGAACUAGCCCUGUUUAGUUUAGAGAGAAAAGCACAGAGGUGUUUAUGAUCCUGUAUUCUAGUUGUCGAUUAAUACUUGUAAAUUACUGGAUAGUCAUGUGGUUAUUCUUUACCUCUUCAGUGUAUGGAGGAGACUUGCAUUUUCUCAAAGUCACUCCAAACAUUUUUUCUUAGUUAUUAUAAAUGAUAGGCUCAGUUAACUGUCAACAUAAAAUCCAGUAAAAAGUUACUUAAUCUUUGUAAAUUUCUUUUACUUCUAAAAUUUUCAACCCCUUUAAAAUUAUCUUUUAAUUUAACAGUGAGCAAAGAAAUAUUUAUUUCAAGUCCUUCAUAUAAUGAACAGUUCCCACACACUUCACAGGCUUAAUUUUAUGCAGAUGAUACAGUAAUGUGUCAUGUCUCAGCCUGAAUUCAUUACAAAAGUUUUUUUUAUUAAAUUGUAAAUAGUAUACAUGUUUAUAUACUUUUACACUGAGCUCUUCCUCUGAUUUCCAAGAGUUGAUAAGACUAGUUUUAUUAUAUACCCUAUAUAAUUUGAAUACAUGCAGAAAUUUUGAAUAAACAUUUAUAGAAACGUAUGACUUAAAAAACAAACAAACCAAAAACCAAGAAAUACUACCAACAUGAGCUUGAUCUUAACACGAACAUUUUUCUUGUCAGUUGUUGGUAGAAAGUUUGGGCAGAAGUUUGUGUGCCAUUGUUUAGGCAGGCAGAUAUUUUCCCCAGCCUCUCUUAAUAUUAUUGUUUUAGAAAAAAAUUUUUCAGAGCUGCAUCAAAAACAUCUAAUGAGAAAAAAGGCUACUUUAGGGAACAUUUUUUUUUUUGGUGGGGAGGAAG